AUGUCAAAAGAAAAAGCAUCAUCAUCAUCAUCAAAGAUGAUCUCCCUAAAAUCAUGUGACGGCUUUAUUUUUGAAGUAGAAGCAAGCAUUGUAAUGAAGAUGCAAAUGCUGAUGAAUUUGAUCGAUGGAUUUGAUGACAUUGUGACAAUACCUCUGCCGAAUGUCCUCGGCGAACAUCUUGCUAUGAUCAUUGAAUAUUGUAAGUAUCAAGAAGAAGCUGCUAUAGUGACCAAGGAGGCUAAGGAGAAAUUUGAAGUUGAUUUCGUGAAUGGAAUGAGUAAUGUUACUUUGAAGCACCUCAUCCGCGCAGCAGACUACCUUGAUAUAAACAGCCUUUUCAAUUUCCUAACUCAGGUCCUGGCUGAUAGAAUUCAGGACAUGGGUGAUGAUGAUGAGGAUUAA